GCAAGGGCGUUCAAAUAGUUGAAAUAGUUAGAUCCAAUCUGAUUUGCUAGUUACCAUGCAACUUUCUGCUAGUCCACUGGGAAAUUUAUAAGCUUCCACUCAUGCAAAAACAUGGAGCUAAGCCGUAUUUCUUCAAGAUCAUGAAUUUUCAAUUUAAUUUCUUUCUUAGAGUAUUUUUUUAUUUAUCACAAUUAGUGUCCAAAUUAAUAUGGAUAUUUCAUUUUUGACAAGGAUAAAUACAUUAACACUAAAAAGUCCGAAUACAUAGGCUACUGAAGCCAUAGAAUAUAAACAUAACGGUUAGUUUUGAAGUGUGGAUAUAUUUAUUUUUCUUUACCACUGUUUCCGCGUUGAAUGAGUCACAUGCUGAAUAUUGUUCUGCAGAUCCAUUGCUUUUGCCUGAUGUUACCUGAUCGACGUAGCGGCUAUUUUGGUCUAGAAUUGCAUUCUUUCUCAGAAUAUGCUGGAAGUAAACUCUUCGAAAUUAGUACGUAUUAUAAUUACAGAAGUACGCUAAAAUAGUGAAGUGGUCGCGUUUGCUCUGCUAUCCUUAAUUAUUUACUUCUAGGCUUUCUUUUUACACUGUAAUAAUCCGUGUAGUAAUGUGAUCGGGCUCGAGAUGUGUGAUCAGGCGGUUCUGACAGUGCGUCUGGUUCGGUCUUUUGAGCAUCGCAACUUUAAACCGGUGGUUUACAAAGACGUUAAUUUAGAUCAGACGGUGGAUGAGUUUAUUACAUUUGUUAAGCGAGAUGUUUCAACAAGAGCUGGAUUGCCUCCACCCUUUAAGAAGUAUGAGUAUGACACAAUGAAAAUCAUACACCAGGCACAUGGAGCAAAGACGAAUGAGCUGGUAAUGAGUUUAGAGGAUGAUGAAAAGUUGAUUCUUCGUGAUGACUGCAGGUUAACAGCAUGUGGUGUUGCCAAUGAGACAGAACUUGCCUUCUUCAAAAUGGCAGACUAUGAAAAGUUCAAGGCCAAUCCACAGACAGAAUGGUGGUGAUGAUCAGGAUGCAACACAAGAGGUCUUGGAGUAUAUAUUUAUCAGAGGCACUUCUUUUCAGCUGUGACAAGCAAGUGAUCUCUUCAAGUUGGAUUUUAAUUUCAUUUAUAGCUAUACUUUUUCUAUUUAUUCGUACGAUUCGAAUACCUUCAGCGUAAUUUCUGAUGCACACGUUUGACAAACUUUGACGAUGUUGUCAUGUCACAGAAUAAUUAUUUUCUUGGGUAUGAAUACUGUAAAUUUCAGUGACAAAAUGUGCAUUUUGAAUGCCAAUUAUUAUUUUUUUUAUUUUAUUUACAAUAAAUCAGAAACCAGA